AUGUCCGGGUUCUUCCGCAGAGCAUCCGAUGUUUUCAAACAUCACCGAACAGACUCCAUGGAUUCCACCGAUCCAACCAAGUCCCCGGCUGCACAAUCUCCCAUACAAGAGUCUCCCGAUGCACAGCCUGACCCCAGCAAGCGUGAUUCGCAGAGCGAGGCGGCAACUGGUAUAGGUACCACUGCCCAAGAUACCCAUCCGAAGCACCAGUGGCGUUGGGGAUUCGGCCACCAGCAGGAUCCCAAAGCGCAGCAAAAGCGUCGCUUGAGCCAGGAGGAGAAAGAUCGGGCGAACUUUGCUGCUGCGAGAAAGUAUUCUAGUGCGAGGCGGAGAAGCCAGGGCGCUGGAACUGGAUUUGAGGGAGGUUGGCAGUAA